AUAUAAAUAAAAUUAUUAUUAGUUUACAGGAUUCGAAACCAAUCAGACGUGUAAUUAGUUUUAAAAUGCGUCCCCUUUUGGUCAUUGUUUUAUCCUUCUUGGUGUUUGGAAACAUCAAUGCAGUUUCCACCUCAAGAAAAGUUGACCCACAGCUUCGUUUCGGAGAAGACAUAGUCAAUAACACAAUUAUUCAAAUUGUAAGUGCUAUUCCAGAACCACUGCAGAUAAACAACUUGAAUUUUAACUUGCCAAGUCCAAUUGAGGGUUCCAUUGCAGUAGACAGUAUCGCAAUUUCAGGCAUUAAAGACUUGGUUGCAACUUACAUUAAAGUUGGCCUUCUUACCGUUAGUGUUGAUAUGACCCUCGAGGUGCCUGAUGUUAAAGUAACCAUAAGUAAUUACAAGGCUGACAUCAACUUAAUGGGACUGCUUGAUUUGCCCAGUUCUGGUGACAUCAACGUCGAACUGUCUGGACUUCAAGUUGGAGUGUAUUCCUCCGUCAAUUUGUCCCCUAUUUCAUUGAAGAAUACGCAAUUUAGUAUCAACCUUGAAGACAGCAAGUUUGACAUCAAAGGAAUUUUAAACAACAAAGAUAUCAGCCAAUUUAUAAGCUCAAUCCUCUCCUCCACAAUUGCUCCGUAUUUGAAUGACUACACUGCCCUUCUGUCUGAUGUGCUGAGCCCAAUCAUCGAAGGAGUAAUCAACAGCUUCCUCAACCAAGACUCGAACGAAGCUAAACAAAUUGUAAAGGCUAUUGAACUCAUCAAUGAACAAGCCAAAAACCUGUAAUAUAUUUAUACAACGUUUUAAAAUAAAAAGUUGCCAAAA